CACCAACACCUCGCGCCCACCACAUCGACUCACGCAGGUCGCAUGAGCUCUGAUAUGGCGAAACGAAAGCGCGGCGCUCGCGACGAGCAACCUCCUCCCGAUGUUGGACUUGGUGCGACAUUGGCGCACAUGCGCGGCGAAGCGCAACCCGACGAGGCGGCAACCACCACGGCUGGCGGAGACGAAGAGGGCUGGACAGUAGUCAGCGGCUCGAAAAGGAGACGGAAGGAACGCGGAUCACACUCUGAGCACAACGGGGGCCACGCCUUGAACUCGCCUUCGCCAGCUCGCAGUCCUGGCCAUUCGCGCGACACAGAUGGGCAGGGCAAGCGCAAGGCACGAUCGCCACCGCCGCAGCAAGAUGCAUCUCUCGACAACCCAUUCGCAGGCAAAGACACCCAAUUAGGAAAUCGCCUUUCCUCCACAGAUAAUCCGUUCGUCACAUACAAAGCUGGCUCUGAGCAGUCAAGCGAGAACAUGACCAGGGAGGAGCGCAGGAAAGAGCGCAAGCUGCAAAGGAGCUACCCAGCCAUUGAGCAUUCACAUCAUGCCCGCCUGAAUUCGCACGUGAAGAUCACAGACCUCCAGUCACUGGUGCUGUACUUGCUUGCCGAUGGUAAUGCGCCGCAGUGGGUUUCUGUACGCAGCCGUGCCAAUAUCCAACAGGUCGUCAUGCUUAUGGUUCCGGGAUUGGAUCUGGGUAUGUUCAACGGCGAUGUCGCUUUAGACGCCGCGUCUCAGUCUGAACCUUCUGUUGGAGCAGAGACAACGGACGCGCAGACUGAUGCUGCGCUAACAGCUGCAAAGGCUGUAAAGGAUGCAAGGGAUGCAAAGCCCAAGCGGCUGAACAUUUCGCGUGAUGACUUCUAUCCGGCUAGUCUCAAGGCCGAAAAACUACCUGCAUCGCUGAAACCUCUCGCUGAUAUUUUUGAGCAUGUCUGGCCCAUCAAGGCUAUAGGCGAACAUCGCAACAACCAAUACAUGAGGGUGCAUUCGCCCAUUCAUACCAUGCUGACCUCACAAAUACCCAAGACGCAAGAAGAGAAGCAGAUGAAGAAGACAGGGAACCACAAAGGCCCCUUGCCGCAGAACUCAAAGAAUUGGGAAAACAGGCGUACGCGCAUCACCAAAUACAUCGCUAGUCUAAUGGAACAGCAAGAGAACGAAUACGUGCUACAUCCAGCAAUGUUCACCACUUCGGAAUCCAAGGAGGCCAAUCACGAAAGAAGGAGGCUUGCUCAUCAGACUGCCGAUGAUGGUUGGGUCGACACCAAUAUCGCUACUUUGGAAGAUGCAGAAGUACCUGAGAUGGAGAUUGAACAAGGCAGUCUAACUGCUGGAAGACACAUUAUAUCCGUCGACUGUGAGAUGUGCAAAGCUGAGAAUGACCAGCUUGUACUCACUCGCAUCAGCCUAUUGAACUGGGACGGCACUACGGCCCUCGAUAAGCUUGUCAAGCCAGAUGUCGCCAUCAAGGACUACCUGACCCAAUGGUCCGGUAUUACAGCGGCCAUGCUCCAGGACGUCACAACCACUCUAGCGGACAUACAGAAGGAGCUAUUGGAACUCAUCACACCGCGUACAAUCCUUGUGGGACAUUCGCUAAACUCUGAUCUCAACGCACUCAAGCUGACCCACCCCUUCAUCAUCGACACGGGUAUCCUCUACCCACACCCCCGUGGGCCACCAUACAAGCAGUCGCUGAAGUGGCUUGCGCAGAAAUAUCUCAAGCGCGAAGUGCAAAAGGGCUCAGCAGGUCACGACAGUGUGGAAGAUGCUCGGACAUGUCUGGAUCUGGUCAAACAAAAGUGUGAAAAGGGCCCGCGCUGGGGAUCGGGCGACACAAACGCGGAGUCUAUUUUCAAGAGAAUGGAUCGCUCUGUACGACCAAAAUCAAACGACGCGCAUCGCGCCGGAGCUGUCAUCGACUGGGGCGACCCGAACAGAGGCCAUGGUGGCCAAGCUCAAGUUUCCAUAGGCUGCAAGACGGAUGCAGAGGUAGUGGAAGCCAUUGAGCGCACAGUAAAGGGCCAAGCUGAAGGCAAGGAUGGCACUACUGACAAGAUCGACUUUGUCUGGGGACGUCUGCGCGAGUUGGAACUUGCAAGAGGCUGGUGGGACGAUGCGAAGACGGCCGACGUUGAGCUCAUUCGACAGAACGCCCUGCAACGACUGGGUCUUCUGAAGGACGGCGAGGAUACAGAUGUUGAAGUUCACGGACCUGAGCUCGGCGAUGCCGUCUCCAAGACCAUUGAACGUAUCGGGCAGAUAUACGACGCUUUGCCACGCUGCACGGCCUUCAUUGUGUACAGUGGGACAGGCGACCCUCGAGAAAUCCGUCGCUUGCAAGCAAUGCAACAGCAGUAUCGCCGCGAAUACGCUACCAAGAAUUGGGACAACCUCAGCGUCAAAUGGACGGAUACGGAGGUGCAGGCUCUUUCAAAAGCCUGUCAAGAGGCUCGCAACGGUGUUGGCUUUAUUGUUGUCAAGUAAAGUACGAGUGUUCG